GUACUAGUCCUCUCCUCAGACGCCAGGGGCUCACGUGAUCGUUCGCGACCCGCACCGCCCGAGCCCGUUCCGUCCAGCCGCCUCCGUGUCAGCCCGCCACCACCAGCAAAGGCUCGUGCCGAGCUGCGAGGGGUUUAGGUUCUGGCACGGCGGGCAGAGCGGGAUCCAGAGGUUGGAUGGCGGCGGCGACGGAGGAGCCGCGGCUCCUGGGAUCCGUCCCUGGAGUGGAAGAUGCGGGAGAGAUCCACGGCGCGGUGGGGGAGGAAGGACGAGCGCGAGACGACGACGACGACGAGGAGAUCCUGCGAUUCAUGGACUCGGUGGACGGCUACCUCCUCCUCAUGGACUCCCUCUCCUCGGCUCUUCGCCAGGGGUGGCUCGAUCUGGCAAGUGCUCGCCAUUCUAUGGGCCCAUCACGUGUUUCAAGUACACUGUUUGAUCAUAAAGAGCAGUCCGCUGCCACUAAGCUGCAAGUUGUCGAUCAUGCAGGCUUGAAACCAUUAGAGUCAGAACCACUCUUUGCUCUAUCAAAAUGGUGUUUGCAAGAAGAAUCUCACUCCAACAAUGAUGUCCCUGUGCAAGCUAGCACUAAGCCAAAGUUGAGGCAUCGAGGAUCAGCUAAUACCCCAGAAGAUGGAAACCAUGGAAGGGAUGCAACCACUGCAGAGUCAUCUACUGGUGCCGACACUAGCAAUCAUGUUCAAAGAGCAAGAUCAAAAGCAUUAUCAGUUUUUGGAGCAUUGGUGUCUCCAAAACUACGAACAGCCCAAAUUUCAUUUGAAACAGCACUUGAGUUGAUUGUGGAGGUAGCAAAUUCAAGGUCAAAUAUGUUAGCCAGUUUCUCCCAGAUAAAAGAGUGAAGCUUGACGUUUUGUUUUGAGGUUUUGUGCCCCUGGACACCAUCUAUUCAAUAUUCAUGGGAUUGCAGAAACUGUAAACUGAAAGUCAUGAAAUCCAGUAUAUUUCAAGGAAGCGGAAGGAAUCUCGAUUAAAUGGCAUAUAACGUUCGCCAUACAGACCACCAAGGUGGAACUCAUGUACCUGUGAAAGCGAGGACAUAUAGCUGGAGGCAACCAGAACUCAACGAAACAUCAGAUGAUCCUUUCCCGUUUAGAUGCAAGUCUAUGUAUGAAUAUGGCACUAAUAUGCUUCAGCUCCGCUCUGUGAGUUGUGUUUCCAUCACUGUUUGCAAUUUCUUGCUAUGUAACCACACAGUAUAAAAUGAGUUCAGCCCAUUAGAGCAGCA